AUGGCCACAGAGAGCCCUGUAGGAAAGCUUGAAGAUGAAGUCACUUGUUCCAUCUGUUUGGAGUAUUUCAAAGCCCCGGUGUCUAUCCACUGUGGGCACAACUUCUGCCAAGCCUGCAUCGACCAGUGCUGGGGGGAGUCGGAGACAAACUUCUCCUGCCCCCAGUGCAGAGAAACCGCCCAGCAGAGAAACUGCAAGCCCAACAGGGAGCUGGGGCGUAUUGCAGAAAUAGCCAAGCAGCUGAGCUUGCGGGGGGCAGCCGGAGAGGAGGGGAGAGUGUGUGACCUGUAUGAGGAGGAUUUGAAAUUCUUCUGUGAAGAGGAUCAAAAACUAAUAGGUUUGAUCUACAGGGACCGUGCAGCUCACAAGUCUCAGCCUGUGGGUCCCACACCGGAGGCUGCUGCUAGGAAUUACAAGGUUAAAUUAUUGCUGUCUGUCCUCUUGCUACAGCUGCCACUGCUGCUGCUGCUGUUGCUACUCCGGUGGAACGUGGGUUUUGAGCGAGCAAUUCAGACUCAUAUGAAGGCUCUGACGAAGGAAAGCAUGUUGCUUCUGGAAUCUAAACUGACUGAAGAGAGGAAAAGCAAAGAGGCUCUGGAAAAGACAAACGUCGAGCGGCAGAAGAUUGUGGCUGAAUUUGAGCAGCUGCGGCAGUUUCUGGAGGAACAGGAGCGGCUCCUGCUGGCCCAGCUGGAAGAGCUGGACAAGGAGAUUGUGAAGAGGCAAAAUGCGAAUGGGGCUAAAUUCUCAGAGGAUAUUUCAUUUCUCUGUGACCUGCUUGAUGAGAUAGAGAAGUAUCAGCAGCCAUCGGCUAAUUUCCUACAGGAUUUCAUAAGCAUCUCAAACAGGUGGGAGAAGUGGAAGUCCCAGCAGCCAGUGGUGAUUUCUUCUGGGCUGGAAGAGGGAAUCCAUAUUUUCAUGAAGAAAUAUACCGUUCUAAAGAAGACUCUCCAGAAAUUCAAAGACACUCUGUCAUCUGAACUGGAAAGAGAAUGGGCAAAUGUGACUCUGGAUCCAGACACGGCUCAUGAGCUGCUCACCCUUUCUGAGGAUGGGAAAACCGUGAGCUGGGGUGGCUGGCACGUUCUGCCCCACAAUCCCAAGCGAUUUAAUUUGGCUCCCUGUGUGCUGGGCUGUGAAGGAUUCAUCUCGGGGAAACAUUACUGGGAGGUGGAGGUGGGGGAUGGGGGCGACUGGUGGGCUGUGGGGGUGGCCAGAGAGUCUGUGAGAAGAGAAGAAUGGAUCAGAUGUGACCCUGAGGAGGGGAUCUGGGCUCUGUCCCUUCACACGAAUCAGGACUUCGCUUUCACCUGCCCUCUGACCCUGAGCUGGAGUCCCAAGAGGAUCCGGGUUUCUCUGGAUUAUGAAGGGGGCCAGGUGGCAUUUUUUGAUGCCAAUAGCUGGGUCUCAAUCUUCACUUUCCCGCUGGCCUCUUUUGCUGGGGAGAGAAUCUUCCCAUUCUUCUGGGUCCAUGGCGACGAUUCCCAGCUCAGACUGUACCCAUGAGAUACGGGGCAGCUCAUGGAGUAGGGCUCUGCCUUGCCAAUAUGAAGCUGGCAGAGUUACCGAGUUGGAUUUUCUUUUUCUCUCUCUUCUUUUUGCGUCUCUAACUUUUCAAAACUUCCUUAGUUUCAGAGAAGUUAGAGUGAAAGAUGGAAAGUGAGAGAGAAAAA